AUAAACGCGGCGGGAUGUGUCAUGGCGAGCUCCAGCUAAAGCCUCUGCAGUUUCCGGCGAGUAGCGUGUGGGAUUCUUUUACUUUGAUCUAGUUUGUAAUUUCCUGACUACUGGUUUUUGUUUUCCAGACUUGUCUUUAAGAAGAUUUGAGACUGUUUGGAGAUAAUCAAGAUUUUCUGAGGGACUCCUCCGCUUGUGUCAUUUAUAACUUUCCGUGAUAGAGAAGAUGCCUUCUGCAUCCUGUGAUACACUACUGGAUGACAUAGAAGAUAUUGUGUCCCAAGAAGAUUCAAAGCCACAGGACAGGCAUUUUGCAAGAAAGCAAGUCGUUCCAAAGGUGCGAAGGCGAAAUACCCAAAAAUACUUGCAAGACGAAAACAGUCCACCAAGUGAUAGCACUAUUCCAGGCAUUCAGAAAAUUUGGAUACGAACAUGGGGUUGUUCUCAUAAUAAUUCAGAUGGAGAGUACAUGGCUGGACAACUAGCUGCUUAUGGAUAUAAAAUUACAGAAAACGCAUCUGAUGCAGAUUUAUGGCUCCUGAAUAGUUGUACAGUAAAAAAUCCAGCUGAAGACCACUUCCGAAACUCAAUUAAAAAAGCUCAAGAGGAGAAUAAGAAAAUAGUGCUAGCUGGAUGUGUUCCUCAAGCCCAGCCUCGUCAGGACUACCUGAAAGGACUGAGCAUCAUAGGGGUUCAACAGAUAGAUCGAGUGGUAGAAGUUGUGGAGGAAACAAUUAAAGGUCACUCUGUGAGACUUCUGGGGCAAAAAAAGGAUAAUGGAAAACGGUUGGGGGGCGCACGAUUGGAUUUGCCAAAGAUUAGGAAGAAUCCACUGAUAGAAAUCAUUUCUAUCAAUACUGGGUGCCUCAACGCUUGUACCUACUGCAAAACUAAACACGCCAGAGGAAAUUUAGCCAGUUAUCCAAUUGAUGAACUAGUAGAUAGAGCCAAACAGUCUUUUCAAGAGGGUGUAUGUGAGAUAUGGUUGACCAGCGAAGACACAGGGGCUUAUGGCAGAGAUAUCGGCACCAGUCUCCCCACGCUCCUGUGGAAACUGGUCGAAGUGAUUCCUGAGGGAGCAAUGCUGAGACUUGGCAUGACAAAUCCACCUUACAUUUUAGAGCAUCUGGAGGAAAUGGCAAAAAUCCUUAACCAUCCCCGAGUCUAUGCUUUUCUGCACAUACCCGUCCAGUCUGCCUCUGACACUGUGCUCAUGGAUAUGAAAAGGGAGUACUGCGUGGCUGACUUCAAAAGAGUAGUGGAUUUUCUGAAAGACAAAGUUCCUGGAAUAACCAUUGCUACAGAUAUUAUCUGUGGUUUUCCUGGAGAAACAGACCAAGACUUUCAAGAAACAGUGAAACUUGUUGAAGAAUACAAAUUUCCGAGCCUCUUUAUUAACCAGUUUUACCCAAGACCAGGAACUCCUGCUGCAAAAAUGGAACAAGUUCCAGCACAAGUGAAAAAGCAAAGAACAAAAGAUCUUUCUCGGGUCUUUCAUUCCUACAAUCCAUAUGAUCAUAAGAUUGGUGAACGGCAACAAGUGUUAGUAACAGAAGAAUCUUUUGAUUCCAAGUUUUACGUUGCACACAAUCAAUUCUAUGAGCAGGUUUUAGUGCCAAAGAACCCCACAUUCAUGGGGAAAAUGGUCGAAGUGGACAUUUAUGAAUCAGGAAAACAUUUUAUGAAAGGGCAGCCAGUAUCAGAUGCCAAAGUAUACACGCCAUCCAUCAGCAAACCGUUAGCAAAAGGAGAAGUCUCAGGUUUAACAGAGGAAUUCAGAAAUAGGCUUGGGAAUCACCUGAAUUCAAUAUCCCACACCUCAACUGGAACUCAACGAAAUGCCGCAAGUUCCAGAAUGGCACUGCAACUGCAAAGGCUACACCAAGACUGUGCACUGAGAUUGUCAGUGGGCCUGGCUCUGUUGGCUCUUCUGUUUGCUUUUUUGGUCAAGGUCUAUAAUUAAAACAUAACCAACUGAAGCAUUUGUGAAGGAGAAUAAAUAUCUAAUUAAAAUCUUCAAAGAGAAGGAGAGCGACCACAUCAAUUCUCAAAGGGCAAUAAUUUAUACUGGUCUCUGCUCUUCAGCCACACUCUCUAAUGAGGCUACCCCUGUCUCACGUUGUGUUGAGCCCAUUGGUUAUUUGACCUAAAACCUAACACCAGCUGCCAUAGCAUAUCUUUUCAAUUAAGCUCCUUUUGGUCUAUUUUUAGCAAGAAAUGCAAGUGGUUGCAUUUUCUUUAAAUCACCAAUCUUCAGGUCAGAACCUGUUUGUACAGUGGAUCGGGUCACCUCUUCCUUAUGUGGGAAGAAUUUUCCACUUUCAAUAAACAUUUUAAAAUGUA